CGCUGCCGCGAUGAACGGAACGGUCCCGUCGCUCUACGACCCCAAGGCGCGGGUGCUAAAGCUAGGGGAGAGCUUCGAGAAGCAGCCGCGCUGCGCCUUCCACACUGUCCGCUGCCUUGAAGAACCUCUUGAUGCCAUCCUGUCUCCCUAAAUCGGCACAAACAGAGUUUUGGCUGUAGCCUUUCCCAAUUUAUUUGUGGUGGAAAUGAUACUUUGUAGGUAAUGAUGACUUUAAGCCUGCAUCUAUUGAUAUGUCCUGUGAAGGAGACCUUGAAGUUGGCAAAGGUGAACAGGUGACAAUAACACUGCCAAAUAUCGAGGGCUCAACUCCACCAGUGACUGUAUUCAAGGGCUCAAAGAAGCCUUACCUAAAAGAAUGUAUCUUAAUUAUCAACCAUGACACUGGAGAAUGUCGCCUAGAGAAACUUAGUAGCAACAUCACUGUGAAAAAAACCAGAGCUGAAGGAAGUAGUAAAGUCCAGUCUCGCAUUGAGCAGCAACAGCAGCAAAUGCGAAAUGCAACAAAAGUUCCAAAUAACAUUAAAAACUCUCCAUCAAAAGAAAAAACGUUUCCAUCUUCUCCUAUGGAUGACAUUGAACAGGAGCUAAAAGCAGAAGCCAGUAUCAUGGACCAGCUAAGUAGCUCUGAUAGCUCAUCUGACUCAAAAAGUUCUUCGUCCUCUUCAUCAAGUAGUGAAAAUAGUUCUAGUGAUUCUGAAGAUGAGGAAAUGAAGCCCUCUCUUCCUAUGUCCAUGCCAUAUUUGCAGCCUCAGCCUACUGUGUCUGCCAUACCACAACAGGCUGUUCCUGACAAAGAUGCCAGUCAUAACAGAUCCCAAGAGAGCAGUGGUCAUAUGAUGAAUACACUACGAAAUGACUUGCAGCUGAGUGAAUCUGGAAGCGAUAGUGAUGACUGAACAACUUUUUGGCCUUAAAUGUAUCACCUUUUUUUGCUAAAUAAGUCUUAGCAUCUGUUUUGCACUAAGAUUAGAUUACCAGAGACUGGAAUGAAUGUCCUCAAUUUUGAUAACAGACAUCCUAAUUUUCUACUGACACAUCAUGUCUAUAAUACAGCAGCAUUGAUAUCCUGUCAGUGCUAUGGUUAUGUGUUUAUCUUUCAAAUUACUGUAUUUACAGUAAAAUUGUGUAUGAUCUGAUUUUGAUUAUUUUUGCCUCAGCCACCUGUUUUACUUGAAACUGAUUUGUAACAGCUAGUUACUUUAUAUAAAUAGCUAUGGAAUGGAGAAAUUUCUGAUAUUUAUGGAGGCAAGUUUCCUUCCUAUCAUUUAAAUGCUGAUCUCACAACUUUGACCUGGAGGGAGUGAAAGGGAGAACAACUAAAUGAGGUCUGCCAUGUCAGCUACACUUUUUGUUCAGUUCACAGUUUAUACCUUUAAGGAAACUGCUGAAUAAUGUGGUCCACUAGUGCAGUUACAGUUUACAAUUGUUCAACACAUUGCUGAAUUCUUAAUUUCAUUGUAUAAUCGGACUUUAUAUUUCUGAGCCUCAAGAUUCCUAAGGGAACUUAUCUAUUCUCUGCCUGUUUUAUGUAACUUGAAUAGGGCAGUCUUUUUACAACCUUUUUGUAUCUAAAUUUAGGUAACUGCAGAGACAGCAAUGAAUUUCCUUCAUUCAAUUCUGUAACGGAAAUCAGAAAAUUUCUUUGUGGAAGUAUAAAAGUAAUUUAAUAAAGGAAAUGUCUAUCAUUUUCAUGCA